ACUUUUCUUUGACUCCACUUGUUUCCUUCUUCUUCAAUUUUCAGAGCUAGCUAGAGAGGGCCAGAUAUAUAUAGCUGUGAGAUAUAUACAGAGCAUGAGAUUAGCUAGCUCGAAAGCCACAAUGCGGUUCUAUAUGACUCCACUGCUGCUUCUUUUGGCCUUGCUCGUAAGCGUAGCGGCUUCAAUAGAGAAUGACAAGCCUUUACAGUCAAGGUCCGUGGGACUAGAGGAGCCAAAAAGCUCCAUCAACUCGUCAAUGUCGACAGAAAGGUCCAACGAUGACUGGAAUGAGCACGCAGUAGAUAAUCCGGAGGAGAUCGCGUCCUUGGUUGAUACGACCAUUCGUAACAGUACUGCGAGAAGAAACUUGGGAUUUUUCUCAUGCGCAACAGGGAAUCCCAUUGAUGACUGCUGGAGAUGUGACCCACAAUGGCAGCGCCACCGCAAGAGGCUAGCCAAUUGCGGCAUUGGGUUCGGGCGCAAUGCCGUAGGCGGCCGUGACGGAAGGUAUUACGUUGUAAAUGACCCCGGUCAUGAUGAUCCGGUGAACCCCAGGCCCGGUACCCUCCGUCACGCUGUCAUCCAGGACAGGCCUUUGUGGAUUGUGUUCAAGCGUGAUAUGGUGAUCACAUUGAAGCAGGAGCUUAUAAUGAACAGCUUCAAGACCAUUGACGCUCGUGGAGUCAAUGUCCACAUUGCUUAUGGAGGUUGCAUUACUAUUCAAUACGUUACUAAUGUGAUCAUCCAUGGUCUACAUAUCCAUGACUGCAAGCCUACCGGCAAUGCCAUGGUCCGGAGCUCACCGAGUCAUUAUGGGUGGAGGACCAUGGCUGAUGGGGAUGGUAUAUCCAUUUUCGGAGCCAGCCACAUUUGGGUCGACCACAACUCGCUCUCGAAUUGCGCCGAUGGCCUCAUUGAUGCUAUCAUGGGUUCUACUGCCAUUACCAUUUCUAACAACUACUUCACUCACCAUAAUGAGGUUAUGUUGUUGGGGCACAGUGAUUCCUACACAAGGGACAAGCAAAUGCAAGUGACCAUUGCCUACAAUCAUUUUGGUGAGGGACUCAUCCAAAGAAUGCCAAGAUGUAGACAUGGGUAUUUCCAUGUGGUGAACAAUGACUACACUCACUGGGAAAUGUAUGCCAUUGGUGGAAGUGCUGAUCCCACCAUUAACAGCCAGGGCAACAGAUAUCUCGCCCCUACCAACCGUUUUGCCAAAGAGGUGACACAUAGAGUUGAGACCACAGGCAGAUGGAGGCACUGGAACUGGAGAUCAGAAGGAGACCUACUCCUUAAUGGAGCGUUUUUCGUCCAAUCCGGAGCUGGUGCUGCAGCCAGUUAUGCCAGAGCUUCAAGCUUAGGGGCAAAGUCAUCUUCCAUGAUUGGCAGCAUUACUGCUGGUGCUGGUGUUCUUAAUUGCCGGUCUGGUCGUCAAUGUUAAUUCUCAAUCCCCAUGAAAGAAAAAAGAAUAGAAAACCAAAAAAAAAAAAUAGAAACAAGAAGAAAAAAGCAAGAAAGAAAAUAUUACUCAUUUCUUUCUUGCUUAAUUGUUAGAGCGCCUACUAUUAUUGGUGAGUUUGCAGCAUUAUGUUUACAUCUCUUCCCCUAUUUGUCCCAAUCAAAUAUUUGAAAAAAGUGUACAUUUUUUUCUAGCA